AAAUUGUACCUUUGUGGAUUCCGUAGUUACACGCGCAUGUCUACUGGCAACAUAUUUGUAUUCUAACUUCUAGAGGGGCUCCUACCUGUACUGACUAUUUUAUUAGUAAUAUUUAACGAAUGCAAUAAUCGUAUGUUUAGUGUAAACCACACAUCAGUCAUUUUCCCCAUAUAUAAUUGUCUUAUUUGCUUUAGCGACAUGUUUUUAUGAAUGGUUAAUUAACAUCCGUGGGUUAGCUUACGUGUAACCGGCAUGAUGCUGACCUUGUUUCGGAAAGUUGCCUUAUCCCAUUUGGCCUCCGCCGAGACACUUUCGAGAUUUAACUUGGACGAAGUGGUUCGAAAAGACGCGUUGAGCUGGUUAAAUGUGAGAUGUGCUGUUUCGUUACUGUGGGGGGUGGCAGCCAUCCGCGUGAGGGACGUCAGCACCUCCACAACAAUCCUAUCAUCUGCUAAAGUCCCCCAAACUAGCCACAAGAAGAGGGAGAUGUCUGAGAAGAAGCUGACCCGCCACUUCGUGGACCAUCGCCGUGUGAAGCUGGUGGCCGGUUCUGGAGGUAAAGGCUCCUGCAGCUUUCACAGCGAACCUCGGAAAGAGUGGGGGGGACCAGACGGAGGAAAUGGAGGCGAUGGAGGAAAUAUAAUUAUAAAAGCUGACAGAUUUGUGAAAUCCUUGGCACAGGUGGUUCCGGUCUACAAGGGAGACAAUGGGGAAGCCGGAGGCAGCAAGAAUUGCUACGGUCGAAAUGGCAAAACAACAUACAUUUCUGUGCCUUUAGGAACGGUGGUGAAGGAGCUGGGUAACACCGUAGCGGAUCUUGCCGAGCACGGCCAGGAGUUUUUGGCUGCGUUUGGAGGGACCGGAGGGAAAGGAAAUCGUUUUUUUCUGACAAACGAAAACCGCGCCCCCAUGACAGCGACCCCAGGUAUGGACGGACAGGAGCGCGUCCUUCAACUAGAGCUGCGCACCAUGGCCCAUGCUGGACUGAUUGGUUUUCCAAAUGCUGGGAAGUCUUCUCUUUUGAGAGCCAUCUCCAAUGCCAGGCCUGCUGUCGCUGCUUAUCCGUUUACAACCCUCAACCCACAUGUGGGAAUUGUCCAGUACAGGGAUCACGAGCAAGUUGCAGUUGCAGAUAUCCCAGGCAUCAUUCGGGGGGCCCAUUUAAAUCGAGGCCUGGGAAUCUCUUUCCUGCGUCACAUAGAGCGCUGCCGUUUCCUCCUCUUUGUUCUGGAUCUGUCGGCCCCAGAGCCUUGGACCCAGCUACAACACUUGUGUUAUGAAUUGGACAAGUAUGACCCAGGCUUGUCCCAGCGCCCUCAGGCUGUUGUAGCCAACAAAAUGGACCUACCCGAGGCCAGAGAAAAGCUAGAGAUUCUCAAAAACAGCGUCACCCAAAGGGUCAUCCCUGUGUCAGCGCUGACUGGAGAAAACACAGAGGAGCUGAUCCUCCACCUCAGAGAGUUAUAUGAUGGUUGCGGGCAUGGAAAACCUAACAAAUAGCACCUGAAAGAGUGUUCAAUUAUUAUUAAAAAUACUAAUUUUGACAGUAA